AGACGAAAGGGGGGAGCAAAGAAGAAAGUACUUCCUGGUUUGAAGAGAACUUUCGAGCAAUCUCGGUUCAGACAGUUGUCCUUGCUACAGUACACGCACAACAAGAAGUUUCUCUGCUGGUCAUUGUGUUGGUUGCUGACUUACCCACUCUUUGAAAUAAUGGAUGAGCCCAUGAACACAAUGUCAGACGGCUCUUCCAUUGGGGAGGCUGUGUCGGGUAGAGGAGGAGGAGGAGGAGAUGAAAGCAGAGAGAGUGUUUCUGAUGAGGAGCAUAUUUACUACAUCCCUGAGAGAAGACCAUCUCUAGAUCUGGGAACAAGUCCGAUGGAUACCGGGAAUUGGUGUUUUGUGGAGCAAGCUUUGUCUCCAGUUCAGAGCUACGGGACAAUGACUAGUGAGGAGGAUUCAGCUAAAGGGGAAUUUGAGGAUGGAUCCCCAACAGGGAUCCACCUGGAGAGAACAGAUUCAUUCUCCAGCUGCUAUUCUGUUGACAGUGAUAACUGUGAAAAGAAAACUCUCAAGGUUAAAAGCAAAGACGAUGUUUCUCAGCCUUCUGACAAUCCAGAGUUAGUGCAAGAGCCAGAGGAACCUUUGCAUCCAUCUUAUACAGUGGCAUUUGUUUUCAGGGCUAUAUGUGGUGUUCUGAAGAAGCUGCCAGUGAGUGAACUAGAGACUUUCAAGUGGAUGCUGUGGAAUCGUUACCCAGAGUCAUUCAAGACUUCUCCCCGAGGCAUGGAUAUGGUGGACAUCGUGGACCGGCUGCUCGAGUGUUACAGCCUUGCAACAUCUUUGAAGAUUACCAAAAACCUUCUUACCCAGUUGGACCAAAAAAGUGUGAUUGAGUCUCUCGAGACUGCGUGCAUCACAAAUGAAGUAUGUCAUGAUUUACGUGAGCAUCUGAAGAAGAAAUAUGGAGAAGAAGAUCAGGAUUUGACAAAGCCCUUUCAUGAUCUCUAUACUAAUCUCUACAUAUCGUCAAUUCCAAAUAAUGGCCCAAAUAUUGAACAUGAGUUCAUGACCAUAAAAAAGCUGAACACCAUCUCAAAAAAGUGGAAGCAGAUUUCUAUUAGAAAUAUUUUUGACCCUCUGGAAGAAGAUGAGCCACCCUCAAAUUUGGUAUUUCUCACUGGAAUGCCAGGGUCAGGGAAGUCUAUGGCUUUCAGAAAGUUCAUCUUUGAUUGGAUUGAGGAGCAGUCAUCUAUGUCCAUCUUGUUUCCUCUGACCAUCAGAGAGCUCAAACAGUUUGAGGACUCAGAAGUCUCCUUUAUGGAAAUGAUUCAAACAAUUUACCCAGAAACAGUUCGAUUGAAACUGAAAGAUUAUGGCUGGGAUAAUGACUACAAGAUUGUUUUUGUCAUUGAUGGUCUAGAUGAACUCAGUAAAAACACCGAGUUUGGUAAGCUAGAGAUUCAUUCUGAUCCCUUUAAAGCCACCAGCCUGAAAGUCAACUUGGCCAACCUCUUUGGAGGUAGGCUGUUCUUUCGUGGCUACUGCUUGGUCAUUUGUAGGCCACAUGUAAAGUCCUGGCUCGCUUGGGAUAUGCACUAUGACGAGCGAGAAGUGCGUGGUUUCUGUGAGCCUGAAAAGGACGAAUAUUUAAAGAAAAGGUUUGAAGACCCAGAUCAAGCAAAUAAAGUUAUCGAGUAUGUCAAGUCCUUCAAAACCCUCCACAUCAUGUGCCACCUGCCCUUGUUCUGCUCAUUAGUGGCUGACGAGUGCCAGCAAAUUUUUGUGGAGAAAGAGACACAAGCAGAGCUGCCUAGAAGCAUCACCUACAUGUACACAAAGCUGCUGCUGGCACUCAUUCGUCAGAGUAAAUUUAGAGCUCCAUUUUGUGAGCCAGGUAAAGAAGGCGAGUUUCUCAUAAAACUGGGAAAGUUAGCCCUUAGCAUGCUGGAACAAGACGAGUUCAUAAUUAACAAGAGCGACUGGAUUGAGUGCGGGAUGAGCCCAGGCGAUGAACACAACAACAGCGGCCUGAUCACACAAUUCACUGUGACAGUUCACGUCUUGUACAGCGAGAAAGUGCGAUGCUUUAUCCACCCCACCAUGCAAGAGUACCUGGCUGCUCUUUAUGCAUAUCUGUCCUUUAGAAACCAGGGGAAGAACAUUUUUGAGCAACAACUGAAAAACAUGUUCAAAGGGAUCUUCAAAGGACCCCAAAUCCUGGAGUUGUAUAAGUGUGCUGUGGAAAGGAGCCUGCAGUUUCAGAAUGGCAAACUGGACAUGUUCCUGUGUUUCCUAUUUGGAAUGGCACACAAAACCAACCAAGAACUUCUCCACCCUUUCUGCAGCUCUUCUUCAAAGAUUGCAGACUUCACUGAAAGUGCUGCUACUGUCAUCAGAAAGAAGAUGAGAGACAAUCCUGACAGGAAUAGCAACCUGCAGCGGUGCCUGAAGGAGUUGGGUGUGUGAGCUACACACUCAGCAGCUCUCUUUAACACUGACCACUGUACAAAAUGACUGAUGCAAAAUAACAGGCAAAAGCUCCUACUGACAAUUCUGUGAUUCAAUGUGUGGAUUGUUUCCACACUAGAGUAAGAUGCAAUCUCUGUUCUGUCAUAAAAAAUAUUCUCCUUUCAUGCACUUAAGCCAUCACCAUUCGAGUACAUGUUUACAUGUCCGGUUGAGUUUAGCUGCAUUUAGUUAGACUUAGCCACUCUCCUUUGUUCUUGUGUACAUGCACGGGAGAGAAAUCAAGUUUUUAACCAAAGUAUGUUAGAUGAUGUGUACUGUGUGAGCAAACUUUAGUGGCAUGCUGCCUCGUCUAACUUUCUGGGAGGAGCAACAUCACACGUGUAACUAUAACCUAAUUCACUGCACAGACCUUAUCAUGAAGUUACUCGAUUGUUGUGAAUGUCAGAUAAUGAAGCAGUUAUUUAUUUUUUAUUUUAUUAAAGCAAAUCUACAGUCUGGAAAUGCUGUGACUGCAAGCUGACACGGAGUGAUACCUGGAGUGAUAUUGGGCUAUUUCACUAACCAUUUGUAAGGCAUUUAUGCAUUGUCUGACAAAAGAACCCAACUAUAUAAUUUAAUCCCUAACCCUAUUAUCUGGGCUAGGGUUGCACAUUAUUUGGAAUAUAUGCAAAAUUCUGUAUCAUUGUUAAAUGAUUUUGUGAUGAUAAUAUGACUAACUAUGUAAACAAGUAUUUAAAUAUAUGGUGCUAAGCUUGGGUGUAUUAAUGAGGACUGCAAGCCGCUUCUCCUCUGUAAAUGGUUGCUAGUUGGAAAACAGAAAAAAAUGGACUGCAACCUUCGUUAAUAUGCCUCCAUUUGUCAUGUUUCAAGUUAAAAUGUCUGUAGCAUUGCAACUGUCUUCACAACACUAUUAUAUCACAUGUUAUUGCAAAAAGGAUUAUUUUUAAUUUUUUUUGUUAGUUUGUUUGUUUUAGAUAUAUUGUGUAGCCCAAAUCAGGAUUUUUUAGUCCAGUUUUUAGAAGUUUUGUAUGAUUUUGGCCAGACUAACUCCAUUGGGAAACAUUUGCUAUGGUCUUAACUGAGACAGUAAUUUGUUUUGGUUCUAGUGUCAUGUUACCGUGCUUGCUUUGGCCCGGUUCACGUCUUACAUGAACAUGCUUUUUUUUUUUUUUCUUUUUUUGCAUAAAGUUUUGUUCCACUGCUCAGUGUAUUAAUAAACAUGCCCUUUACUUCCAUGUAAUAGGA